AUGGUGUUGUCCCAACCAACAUUAGAUCAGAUUAGUUUUGUAGGAAACAAGAAGCCCGUGUCCAACCCUGGCAUUCCAACCAUAGACCUGUCAAAACCUGAGUCCAAAACUCUUCUUGUGAAAGCCUGUGAAGAGUUUGGAUUCUUCAACCAUGGCAUUCCAUUAGAGUUCACCGAUAGGUUGGGAGCUGAGGCUGUGAAGUUCUUCUACUUACCUCAACCUGAGAAGGAAAAAGCUGGCCCUGCUAAUCUGUUUGGGUAUGGAAACAAUAGGAUUGGACCCAAUGCUGAUGUGGGCUGGAUUGGGUAUCUCCUCUUUCAAACCAAUGCCAAUUCCAUUUCUCAGAGAUCUUGGGCCAUUUCUAGAGAAAACCCAGAAAUAUUUUGCUCUACUGUGAGUGAUUACAUAUCAGCUAUGAAGAAAUUAGCUUGUGGAGUUCUUGAAUCUUUAACUGAAGGGCGGAAGGUUGAACCAAGCUUAACUGGUUUUGGAGAACGCACUGACCCUCAGAUAAUAUCAGUUCUGAGAUCAAACAAUACAUCAGGCCUUCAAAUCUCUCUCAGUGAUGGGAGCUGGGUUUUAGUCCCACCUGACCACAACUCCUUCGUCAUUGUUGGUGAUUCCUUGCAGGUAUAAAUCUGCAUAAUGAUGCUUCUUCUUUUUCUUCGUCUUUCUAUUUAAUU